UCUAUCUAUCUUCUCUCUCAAUUGGCGUAAACAUUUUCGAGCGCUUUAUUUUGUGCGCAUUGCUAUUUUUCCCAACCGCUCAACGUAAAAUACCACUAGUAAAGAAGCGAUAGGAAAAGAUGAACUGUCCAGAAGAAGUUUCGUUCAACGUAAAGGACGGAUUUCUUGAUGCAGCUUUACGCGGAUUUCGUCGCGGCCUCAUCUCCGCUCAAGAAUACAGGAACUUAGGACAGUGUGACUCGCUGGAUGACUUGAAGUUACAAUUGGUAAAUAACCACUGCAACACCGACUUUGAAUCCGAGUUUUUAAAUGAAACCGCAUCGCUUCAUACUUCAACUUUUUUCGCGAAUUGUUCGAAUAAAUUAGUUGAUGACUUCAACAGGAUUCGCUAUCAGGCAUCAGAGCCAGUUUCGACAUUCCUUAAUUUUUUGACACAUGGACACAUGAUCGAUAAUGUCAUUUUGGUGAUCUCUGGAAAAAAUCACGAGCUUGACCUCAAGGUUCUUCUUGACAAGUGUCAUCCACUUGGCUUGUUUGAUUCCAUAUCAUCAUUGACUGUUCCGAGCACCAUGAAUGAUCUAUACAGACUGGUUUUAGCAGACUCACCACUGUCGCCUUACUUUGGCGAGUGUACCAGUGAUAUCAAUCUCGAUGAGCUGAACUUGGAAUUCAUGCGCAGCAAACUUUACAAGGAGUGGAAUCAGGAAAUGCUGGCUAUCGCAUACUUGAAAGAGUUCCUUGCUUUUUGUUAUAAACUCGAUGGGGGCACAUCUGCGCUCAUGAGGAAUAUCCUGUAUUUUGAAGCUGAUAGAAGAGCGAUAAACAUCACGAUGAACUCGUCCGGCAUUGACCUCUCCCCUGACAGUCGCUGCCUCGUACUAUCUAAGUAUGGGACACUUUAUACAAGGGGUCAAUUUGAGCUUGCACAAUUCGAAGUUCCGGAGCGAAUCCGCGCUGCGAUGCGCAAGGACCCCACAUUUUGCAGCAUGUCAACAUCACUCAUUGUAUAUAGUGAAGAUUUUAUUGAAAGGAUCCUCUGUGAGCAAGAAAUGAAGUUCUGUGACACAACAUUUCAAGAGCAGUUCAAUUAUGCAACCUUUUAUGGCUGCCUGAAAAGGAGGGAGCAAGAAAUCAGGAACAUUGUGUGGGUGGCUGAAUGUAUUUCUCAAGGGCAAAAGCAUAAAGUCAAUGACGGCAUUGUGCUGAACAUGUAAACAUGUGACUAGUUGCGAAAGCAGUCCUGAUGUUAGUGUUGGCAUCAAAAAAUACCUGCGUAGCUGUUAUGUUUAAGCAUACUCAGCAUCCUGGACUUCGAAGGUGAGGUCAGCAUAGAAAUGCUCAGUCAGGGAAUCUUGACCAUAUGCCUAUCAUUCCAAGUAUUUUGAACUAGCAGUGGUUGAAUUCUAGAGAGAAAAUACAUUCGCCAACUACAGGACUUACUAGCUAGAGCUGUGUUGUGGAUCGUGAUUCGCGAACUCGAAGACGCACAAAUGUAAAAGUACAGGGGAUUUAGAUAACAAACUCCUUGAUAAUGCCGAGUGCAGCAGCCCGGUUGUACUUUUGAAGUGUUGCACCGUGUGGCCCUUGUGACACAGCUUUCUCAGUGAGAAUGUCCCAAACUGCCACUUCACCCUUUGACCCAGCACAGCCAAUAAGAUAAGGCACUGAUGUCGAAAAUCCAACAGAGAAAAUUGCUCCAACAUCAGGGUCUUUCUGUGCAACCAAACUUGGUUCGUCAUUUGUAAUAUCCCACAAUUUCACCGUCUUGUCAGUCGAGCAUGACGCAACGAGAGUUGGAGUCCCAGGCGAAAUGCUCAAGGAAGUUGUUGCACUUUCAUGUGCCGCAAGGCUGAACAAGGGCAACGACCCCUCACCUUUACGGGUAUCUAAGCAUGUAACUAAGCCUUUCUCAUUUGAAACGAUUAUCUUUGUGGAUUUGCCAAGCUGCCACACCGCACAUUCUACAUCAGCCCCAACAUCCCAUUUCAGAGCUGCAUUCUCUGGAGCCCUGAUGUCAACGAUAGCGAUGCAGCUGUCGAAACCGCCGGUAAGAAGCACGGUGGGUUCAAUGGGAUUCCAGUCUACAGCUUGCACUUUGUCUCUAUGAUGUUUCAUGGUGUACUUAACAGAGUUUGUCGUUAUGUCCCAGACCUUCACUGUGUAGUCAGCAGAAGCGGACGCCAGCAAAUUUCGAAAUUGAUAAUUCCAAGAUAGCCCCAAUAUCGCAUCACUGUGACUGCUCGUUUGAAGCUUCGGUGCUCCACUUUCUGAAUCUUUCCUUCUCCCAGCAGAGCUUCCACGUGUACUCUUUACCUGUUGGCAGCUCGAAGACUUAUUUGUAGUGAGGUCACAACUGACUUGUCCAUGACUGAUAGCAUCGCGACUGUAACCACCCAGUGUUGUCAAGGGCUCGAUAGAGUCAAUUAAGUCGAGGUCCCAAAUCUCAAUUCCAGGAUACAUUGUCCCGACUGCUACUAGGUUAUGUUGACUCUGGGAAUCUUCAGAUGAAGGACACCCAAUCGGUGAUAAACACAAUGGAAAGGCAGGUAAUAGUAUAUCGUGAUGACAAUAAAGAUUGGACUCCGGCACUUCACCUAUCAUCGACUCUUCGUAGACAUAUACCUCGAGGUGACUGACAUCUUCGUCUGCACGGGCAGCCAACAUUAAGAGAUCGGAAGAGCGCAGCGAGUAGUCAUCAGGGUAGUCUUCGGCUUCUUCGUCCUCUGAAUCUUUGAUAGUCAUGUACGGAUCUUCAUC